CGGCCGCUUGUACCCUGGAUCUCUUACUUGGUCUGCCAGAACACAACAUGAUUCUGGAUGUCAGAACACGGUGGAACUCCCUUUUCCUGAUGGUGGAGCGAUUUUUGGAGCAGUACCCGUCCAUCCAGGCAGCAUCACUUGACCAACGACUUAGGAAGCCAAUGGAGAAAGACAGACUAGAAAGGCUCACAGAUGACGACUUCCAGAAAGCCGAGGAUUUUGUUAAAAUCAUGAAUUUGUUGUACACCUCAACCCUCUGUGUAUCCAGUGAGCGGUCCCCCACAUGUGGCCAAAUUCUCUCCAUAAUGACUAAGCUGGAGGCACAUUUCAAGGUGGCUGAAGAGGACACGAUGUUUACCAUUGCUUUGAAAAAGAAGGUCUGGGGAGAUCUGGAAAAACGAUACCAGAAUGAAAACAUUCAGAACUUCCUCCAGGAGGCCACUUUGAUGGACCCUCACUUCAAAGGCAAACUUGGAUGUGCUGAUGCUUGGGGCCGAUUGGAGAAACCAGCAGUUGGCAAUGAAGGAGCGGAUUACCAUAAGGAGGACGACAUGGCAGAAGAACAUGAUCCUCCUUUUCACAAGAAGCCUGCCAAGAAGAAGUCACGCAUAGAGGAGAUUUUUUUGAGGAUGAGGACCGAGAGCUACUUCAGCGUCACACCACACUCCUUUGUCAUUGAAACACCCCAGGGAGCAACUUUGAGACGCAACCGGCGUCACUUGCGACAGGUUCCUCCGCUGGCUGGAGCCACACAUCCUCUAGCUCCAGAUGGAUUACAGCAAGGAGCUGCCACGCAGCAGCCUGACCCGCAGUCUUUGCUGACACUGCAUCACCAACCUCCAGUGAAAGAGUGA